AUCCAAUCAAGUAGCCAAAUCAAUUUCCAAAGACCAACAGGUACAAAUAUGCUUGAUGAUGGAAAGCACCACCGACAAGCCUCUUUGUUGGAGUGCGCAAAAAUUACGUGCACACGACGUAAUACUAAUGGAUUUUCACAUGCUUCUAGUGUUGGCCUUAUUCAAGGUUGUCGCUAUCCAGCUUUGUGUCAAGUCAUGAUGUGACUGGCCGCAUACUUGCGUGUUCUUGCGUAGACUGGCGCAGCGCUUUUAACACACACACAUACCCCUUUGGCUUCACUAUGCCAACAGAUACAGACACAGCAACAACCUCCUCUCAUACAAACCUCUCUGACCCGCAAGCGACUUCCUUUGACAGCGAUGAGGACGAUGAUCUUGAUAUAUUAACUGUAGCCCUACCACUUCGCCCAGGAUCUGACUUAUGUAGUAAAAUUUUACUGCAAGAACCAUACAUCAAGAAUAUAAUUAUAUCCUCAGUUGUCGGCUACGGAAUCACAGGCGAAGCCUACCUAUGCAGCUUCACGGAACAAGCCGAUGGCCGCAAGGCCGAUUUCAUAUACUUGCCAUUAGCGCAUGACCUCCCACCAGUGAUCGUUGAAACUCAACAAAAAGUCGGCCAAAAGUUCAUAUCCAGGGCAAUCCGCUAUUGUUUGAACGUGCUAGACAGUACGAAUUCAUUUCCAAUACUGGUCGUGUUCAACAUCGCUGGUUUUUCAAGCCGAGCGUUUCGAGACUCGCUAUUUACUCAACAAGACGAUCAGCCGUUUUACAGCCUCCAGUCCAAAGCGUGGGCAAAGGAGGUGCGUGUCUACAACUCCAAUUCAAUCGAGCAACACCUGGAAUCACCAAUGCAGCCACUAGUGGCUCUGUCAUACUUCUGCUCAAAUCAAGGAAAAAGCAUUAUUGCUUUGGACAAGUACAUGGAUCCUGUCCUUCAAUCGAUAUACGAGGUGGCUUUCCGGGCUUUGUCGGUUGGUAAAGACAAACAAAUGGCCAAGGAUACAGCCAUAACGAAUUUCUGUGAUGCGAUGAUCCGUCAAUUCAACAAAAUCGCGAGGAGCAACCAAGAUAGCUCAACGACUGUUAAACGCCAAAUUGACGAAUACGCAGAAGAUGGUGCGCAUUUCGCCGACAUGUUUAAACGCCGACAUGUCUCAUCGGAACCACGGCCUGUCACCCCAAUCACCAUGGAAGCAAACGAAGCGCCAAGCGCUGAUUUGAAUUAUGUCGACAAUUAUCGCCGCGAAGCGACUGGCAGGUUUACUUGGGUUGAUUGCUACGAUGAAGGUGUUGCCAAUGGUCAUUUUUCCAGAUACAGCAGUCAUUUGACGCUGAAGAAGGCUUUCCACCAACAAACCUUGUAAAAAGAAUUCACGAUAUGCUGUACAAAAUUUCUAUUAUGAAAUAUUAUCGGGCGAAAGGAGGCAAUGAAGAGCUUGUCAUAUGAUGAUCUGGCAAAAAUACCUGCGCUGAUGAAAAUGGUGCCAUGCAACUCUAUAAUACGAUUUGUCGCGCAAACAGAAGCCAAUCAAGACGUACAGUAUGGUAGAAUAGUUGUGAGAAAACCUAUACGUUUAUUUGUACUGUAAAUGCAAU